AUGUCUGCCCCAGCAACAGCUGAACACGACACCAGCGACCUCCAGAAGGAGGAGCCUAUCCAGCAGGAGCACGCCGGUCACACAUAUGUUGAGCCCAAAGGCCGCAAGAUCUUCGGCAUCCGCAUGCCGUUGUAUCGUGCUCCCUUGACUCAAAUAUGGAUUGUCGCCUUCAUCCUCUUUCUCAACCCUGGAAUGUAUAAUGCCUUGGCCGGACUGGGAGGUGCCGGUCAGGUCGAUGCGACAGUGCAGAACAAUGCUGGAGUCGGAUUGCACACAACCUUUGCCGUGUUCGGAUUCAUUGCUGGUGUUGCAAACAAUUAUCUUGGUAUCAAGUGGACGAUGGCUAUUGGAGGAACGGGAUAUGCACUAUACAGCGCUGCAUUCCUUUGCUACAAUCAUACCCAGAAUGAGGGAUUCGUUAUCUUCAGCGGCGCUUAUCUAGGAUUUUGUGCCGCUUUCCUGUGGUGUGCUCAGGGCGUUGUUAUGAUGAGCUAUCCCACUGAAGGACAACGUGGCCGUGCCAUUGCCAUCACCUGGUUCGUCUUCAACCUGGGUGCUGUGAUUGGUGCUGCUGUUACUGCAGGUCAGAACUGGAACGUAAAGAGCGGCCACGUAACUGACGGUACCUAUGUUGCCUUUAUUGUGCUGGAAGCUGCGGGUGCUGUUCUCUGCUGCUUUUUGGCUAGGAGCGAGAGCAUUGUCAGAGUUGAUGGAACAAGGGUGCAGAAAGUGGUACAUCCCAGCCUCAAGAGCGACAUUAUUGGUCUCUGGACAACCCUGAGGAACGACUUGUGGGUUUUGCUGCUGUUUCCCAUGUUCUUUGCCAGCAACUACUUCUACACUUAUCAAUUCAAUGAUAUGAACGCGUAUUGGUUCUCGACCCGAACACGAGCUUUCAACAACAUCUUCUACUGGGUUGCUCAGAUGAUUGGUGCCGGUCUGUUCGGUGCAUUCCUCGACUACUCCAAGAUCAGCCGCCGAAAUCGUGCCCUCAUCGGCUGGGGAGUCAUGUUCGUCCUCGUCAACGCGAUCUGGGGUGGUGGUCUAAAAUUUCUUCUCCAAACCCACCGCUCCAAGCCGUCACCGCUCAUGGAUGUCUUUGAUUCCGGUUACUUCUGGUACUUAUUUUUAUACAUGUGGUACGGGUUCCUCGAUGCUCUGUGGCAGAGCUAUUCGUAUUACACCAUGGGUGCCAUGACAAACAGUCCAAAGAAGCUUGCCUACUAUGCUGGCUUCUACAAGUCAAUCCAGGCCGUUGGCGCCACUAUCAUCAGCAGACUCGACGCCCUCAAAUAUCCAUAUGCCAACUUGUUUGCGUCCUCUUGGGCUUUGAUGGCGGGUAGUCUGCUCGUUGCCUUGCCCGUAUAUCUUUGGCGUAUCAAGGACACUGAGCUGACAGACAGCGAUUUCGACGACGCUAGCCUUGAGGGUGUCGAGGCUCCUGAGACAAUCGAGGGCGAGCAUGGCCAUGAGAAAUCUCACCAUCAUACUCAUUCGACUGUUAGUGGCAGUGGACAACCGGCCACGCUUCCAGCCACGGGGCCGAUGGGCGUUAUGGGUGCUGCCAGCGAUGCGGCAGAGCUAGGUGAUCAGCCCAUCAGUGCUAAGUAA